UAGUUAGUAUAUACGUUUAUUUCAAAACUGUUUAAUUAUAAUUGAUAAAAUAUUUUGAAAUUUAAAAAUUGUGUUAAAUAUUCUAUUAGAAUAAUAUGUUUCUCAAUAAAUUGAAAUUAGUAUUUUUUUUUAUUCAGACAAUCAACCAAUCAAUUUGUGUUGAUCUAAAUAACAUUACACGUGAGGACAUACAGACUCUUGAAAUGGAAUACAAAGAUAUGAAAUUUGUCAAGCUUAUGGAUCAUCCUUAUUAUAUAAAAUCACGCAAUGAGGAUAACUUUUGUCCAGUACCUUACAGUCACUUAGUAGAUUAUCAUGACAUUUCUUUUGAAGGUAUAAAUAUAAUAAAUAGAAGUUUGCAGGAUGUGGUUUAUAUCUGUGUGAUAGAAAAAAAAUAUAAAUUAGCUUAUACAAUUUUUUUGAACGCUAUUGAAAGUAUGGCCAUUACAUACAUGUAUCGGUUCUGCGAGUUUGCAAUAGAAAUGAAUAAAAAACAUUCUGAAAUAUCAUUUUACUUAAAAGUAUUAAGUGAUACACUUGCUGAACUUAUACCGAUAAUUAAUAGAGAAUGGAUUUCUCCUGAUCCGUAUGAAUGUAUUUUAGAUGUUUACAAUAGUCACAAAUCUGAGGAAUACAAAUUUAAUGAAGUAAACACAAAUUACAGAAAUGCUUUAUUAAGCUGCAUGGAGUUAAUGAAAGAUAAAGUGCACUUUUUAAAAGAACCUAAAAAAGUAACAAUGAAUGAAUUGACUGUAAAUCAAUUAAAACAAUACCAAGAUAUGAGUAAUCGAGUUAUUAGUGGUCAUUUGACUUUAAAAAGUGGUCCUACUUACAAAGAUAUAACUGGAGAUUUAUAUCAAACCUCUUGUACAAGCUGUAAGGAAGAAAACACUGGUACCACUAAUGAAAUUUACAUUUUGUCACCAUGUGGACACGGCUGGUGUUGUGAACUUUGUAUUAACAAAUUUCGUAGAGGCAAAUUGUCAAAAUGUCCGGUAUGUUUUCAAAAGAUUAGAAGUACUCAAGAACUAGAUAUACAAACAUCUGUGUCAAUAGUUACUGAAAAAUAUGUGCCGUUGCAGGCAAGAUGUAUCUUAGAUGAACGAGAAGCGCGUUGUAUAAAGUGUCGCAGUCAAGUAACAGAUGAUAAUGAUGAUGAUGAACUGUCAAAGAGUUACAUAAUGAUACCAUGUGGUCAUGGUUGGUAUUGUGAAAAUUGCAUUAAGCACGAAAAGUGUUCAAAAUGUAAGCAAAAAAAAACAAAUAAAUUGUGUAUAACAUUAAAAAACAAUGAAUUGGAUUCAGAAUAAACCGUGUUCAUUAUGGCACAUUGGUACUAAAGAUACAUUGUGUGUAAAUUUGUAAAACAAUGAAUAAAUCUAUUAAUGUUAUUUCUUUAAUUAAUAUUA